AUGGUGUCCCGUACUAUGCAAGCGAUCAACUAUGUUGGACCAUUCAAGGUCAAGGUCCAGGAGGUGGAGAUGCCUCGGCUUGAGCAUCCGGAUGAUAUCAUUGUCAAGGUUACCAGUGCGGCAAUCUGUGGCUCAGACUUACACAUGUAUGAAGGGAGAACCGCGGCUGAGCCAGGGAUCACCUUCGGUCACGAGAACCUAGGUAUCGUUGAAGAGCUCGGAGAGGGAGUCACACUGUUGAAGAAGGGCGACCGAGUCGUUAUGCCGUUUAACGUUGCCGACGGUCGGUGCCGGAACUGCGAGGACGGCAAGACGGCUUUUUGCACAGGAGUGAACCCAGGCUUUGCGGGUGGUGCUUAUGGAUAUGUGGCGAUGGGGCCGUAUCGGGGAGGUCAAGCACAGUACCUACGAGUCCCAUACGCAGACUUCAACGCGCUGAAGCUUCCUCCAGGCACGGAGCAUGAAGCAGAUUUUAUCCUCCUAGCAGACAUUUUCCCAACAGGCUGGCACGGUAUCGAGAUUUCCGGCUUCCAACCUGGUGACAGUGUCGCUGUCUUCGGCGCUGGCCCUGUCGGGCUGAUGGCCGCAUACUCCGCCCAGCUGCGAGGUGCUUCGCGCGUCUUCGUCGUCGACCGAGUCCCCGAGCGUCUGCGUGCCGCCGAACGUAUCGGAGCCGUUGCAAUCGAUUUCACAAAGGGCGAUGCCGUCGACCAAAUCAUUGCGCUGAAUGGCGACAUGGUCGAUCGGUCGGUUGAUGCAGUUGGGUAUCAGGCAAUCGGAAAAGAUAACUCGACAGAGGUGCCGAACAUUGUCCUCGAGAAUAUGAUUCGGGUAACGAGGGCUUGCGGCGGCUUGGGGAUUCCGGGGCUUUAUGUGCCGAGUGAUCCUGGUGCUGGAGAUGCGGCGGCUGCAAACGGCAUGAUCAGCUUGAGUUUCGGAAAGUUAUUCGAGAAGGGCCUCACAAUUGGCACUGGCCAGUGCAAUGUCAAGGCUUAUAACCGCCAACUCCGCGACCUGAUCAUCGCGGGCAAAGCCAAGCCCAGUUUCGUCGUCUCGCACGAAAUCGGAAUCGAAGACGCAGAGACAGCGUAUGAGAAGUUCGACAAGCGGGUUGACGGGUAUACGAAGGUUAUCAUCCAUCCAAACGGUGGGUUCCAAAACAAAGCUCCUCCGGCGGCAGUCUCGUCGCUGUGA